AUGAAAUAUUUGGAGAUUCCGUUGAUGGAAAUAAGGCGUGCCACCAAUUAUUUUGAUGACGCAUGUAUUGUAGGGUCUGGUGGGUUUGGUACAGUGUACAAAGGAGUACUCAAUGUUUUAGAAAUCCAAAGUGUGCCGUCAAUUAAAGGGAAAUCUAAAGAUGAACUUCCUAGGGUGAGUAAAACUGUUGCAAUUAAACGGCUCUCAAAGAAAGGAGAUGAACAAGCUGAAAAAGGAUUUCAAACUGAAAUUGAAUUGCUUACAAGUUAUAACCAUCCAAACGUAGUCUCUCUUCUUGGAUUUUAUAGAGAAGCCAAUGAAAUGAUUCUUAUUUAUGAGUUUGCUUCAAAAGGAAGCCUCAGUGAUUAUCUACGAAGCAAACUCAGUCUUACUUGGUCGCACAGAAUACAAAUUUGCCUUCAAGUUGCUCAAGGAAUUAAUUACCUUCACACUAACACGAUAAUACAUCGAGAUAUAAAGAGUCAGAACAUUUUGUUGGACGAGAAUCUAAAUGCAAAGGUUGCUGACUUUGGGCUCUCCACAUUACGCCCUACGGCCGAUGGAGGAAAGAGCACUAUUCUUACCCAAAAUCUUGCAGGCACAGAAGUGUACAUGGAUCCAGAAUAUCUUGCGACAAACAAAUAUAAAAAGGAAUCUGAUAUUUAUUCUUUUGGAGUGGUUUUAUUUGAGGUGCUGUCUGGUAAAAUGGCUUUUGAUAGUACUUACAUGAGGGAGAAUGACUAUGGACUUGCUCCCAUUGUGCGGAGACGGUUCAACGAUGGAACAUUGAUGGAUUUAAUUGAUCCUAAAAUGUUGGAAGAUGAUGAACACACUUUUACUCUAAAUAAAGGACCCACUCAAAAUUCUUAUAAUUUGUUUUCAAAAGUUGGAUAUGAAUGUCUGGCAAAAACUCAAGCAGAACGUCCAAAAAUGGAGGAUGUCAUAAAAACACUUCAAGAUGCAUUAGAGGUUCAAGGGGAAACCGUGGUACUCUCAAAGUUUCGACUCAGUAGCAUUGUGUCCGCAACCCAGAAUUUUACCAAAACAUACAUGGGGUCAGAUAUAUACAGUAAGGUGUACAAGGCACAACUCGAUCUAUUUGGAAGUAACAGUUUGCUGGCAACAAAAGGGAAGAAUACCGGUGAAGAACCGUCCAUCGGUGUAGCUAUUAAACAUAUCUCAGGUAGAGUAGAUGAGUAUGAAGAAUGGUAUUUUUCAGAAAUUGAAAUGCAUACUAGAUUUAAGCAUCCCAACGUAGUCCCUCUUCUUGGCAUUUGCUACGAAGGCGAUAAUAUGCUUCUUGUUUUUGAGCAUGCUUCUGAUGAAAGCCUUGAUGACUAUCUGAGAGACGACACUGAUUGUUGGAAAAAAAUUUCCAACACUGAUAACAUGAGUAAGCAUACAUGGAUAGAGCGUCUACAUCAGUGUCUUGGGAUUGCACAUGGAAUCAAUCAUCUACACACCCUCACGGACCAGGGCAAGCAAGACAUCAUACACAUUGAUAUAAGGAGUGCCAACAUUCUGCUUGGAAAGAGUAGGGAAGCGAAGAUUGCUUACUUUGGGUUCUCGAAAUUACUCCCACCAAAUCAAGAGGCGAGCACCGACACCACAAAUGAUAACGUACGCACAAAAGUGUACUGCUGCCCUGCAGAAUAUCAAAAGACUGAUGAACUGAAAAAACAAUCAGAUAUCUACUCCUUUGGAGUGGUGCUGUUUGAGAUCUUUUGUGGGAGGUUAGCGUAUGAUCCAAUUUACAUAGUUGAAAAUGACAAUGGGCUUGCAACCAUUGCUCGCCGAUGCUUCGGUGAUGGAACAAUAAUGAAAAUGAUAGAUCCUGCGCUAAAGGAAGAAAGUGUAGAAGACAUAUUAACUUCAAAUAGAGAACCUAUUUUAGAUUCCGUGGCCGCAUAUAUAAGAAUUGCCAAUCAAUGUUUGGCAGAAAAUCAAGCAGAGCGUCCAACCAUGGAAAUUGUCAUCAAAGAACUAGAGAGAGCUCUUAACAUUCAAGAAAACUUCAUAAAAGCUCUCCAAAUUUCAUUGAAAGACGUUGAAUUUGCCACAGGGAACUUUAGUCAAAAGAAUUGUUUUGGAAGUGGGGGAUAUUGGAAGGCAUACAAAGGAGAACUUCGGCAUUCUAAUGCUAAGUUAGCUAGUGCCAGUGCCAGUGCCAGUGCCAGUAAGAGUGUCGAUCCCAGUUCUAGUGCCGGUGCCAGUGACGCCAAUGCCAACACAACUUUCAUUGUUGCAAAACGGUGGGAUAGCAAGACUACUCAAGGAGAUCAUCAAUUUCGGACAGAACUGAGUGUUAUUAUCAAACGUAAACAUGAGAAUAUCAUUCGUCUCGUAGGCUAUUGUCAUGAAAUGGAUGAAAGGAUAAUCGUUUAUGAGCAAGCAUCUAAGGGAGGUCUCAAUAUAUAUUUGAAUGAUGCUACUUUAACAUGGAUGACGAGGCUCAAGAUAUGCAUAGAUGUUGCACGCGCAUUGGAAUUUCUUCAUGGAGGUGAUGGAAUGCUAAAGAAGGUAGUACAUAGGAACAUCCAAAGCUCUGCCAUUUUACUAUAUGAUGACUGGAAGGCAAAAAUUUCAAAUUUGGAGAUAUCAUCACUAGAGUCACUACAACAGGACAUGGAACAUGUGAACAAUAAUACUUAUGGUGCAUUAGGCUAUCUUGACCCCGUAUAUAAAAAAGGUUACUUAACAGAAAAAUCAGAUAUAUAUUCGUAUGGUGUCGUUAUGUUUGAGAUAUUGUGUGGACAAUUGGCUUGGUCUGAAGGCUUUGAAGAUCACUCUGAGUCUCUUGGCCCUUUGGCUAAAAGGAACUAUGAAGAAGGAAAACUUGAUGAGAUGGUGUUUAAGGGUAUAAAGGAACAAAUAGGUCCUGAAUCGAUGGCAAUUUAUGCAGAUAUCGCGUAUCAAUGCUUGCAUGAUAUCGGAGACAAACGGCCAACGGCAGGCGAAGUAGUAUUACAACUCAACAAAGUAUUGGACCUUCAAAACUGUUUUCGUUACAGAUGGGUAUUGUCAAGUUUGAUUCUGUAUGUGCAUGUAACAGGGUUGAAUGCAUUACUUCUUAAUCGGGUUGACCUUGACCAACUAAUAUAUCGGGUCCUACAAUCGGGCCACUCUCGCCAUAAUAGGCGGGUUUGGGAUACUGGAGGGAACGACCGGGUAUUUUCAGUGGCCUCCUGCGGAAAAUUCCACCAAAAAUCUGUUGGGCAUGCCUGA